AUGAAGGCUCUCAUUCUCGUCGGAGGUUUCGGCACGCGUCUGCGUCCUUUGACCCUUACCCUCCCUAAGCCGCUGGUGGAGUUCGGUAACCGGCCCAUGAUCCUGCACCAGGUCGAGAGCUUGGCUGCUGCUGGUGUCACCGAUAUUGUCUUGGCUGUCAACUACCGCCCCGAUGUCAUGGUCUCCGCCCUGAAGAAGUACGAGGAGCAAUAUGGUGUACGCAUUGAGUUCUCCGUCGAGUCCGAACCUCUGGGCACCGCUGGCCCGCUGAAGCUGGCGGAGAAGAUUUUGGCCAAGGAUGACUCGCCAUUCUUCGUUCUGAACUCAGAUGUCAUUUGCGACUACCCCUUCAAGGAGCUCGCCGAGUUCCACCGCGCCCACGGUGAGGAGGGUACUAUCGUCGUCACCAAGGUCGACGAGCCCUCCAAGUACGGUGUCGUCGUUCACAAGCCUAACCACCCCUCCCGCAUCGACCGUUUCGUCGAGAAGCCCGUCGAGUUCGUUGGUAACCGUAUCAACGCCGGUAUCUACAUCAUGAACCCUAGCGUCCUCAAGCGCAUCGAGCUGCGCCCCACCUCCAUCGAGCAGGAGACAUUCCCCGCCAUCUGCAAGGACGGUCAGCUCCACUCUUUCGACCUCGAGGGCUUCUGGAUGGAUGUCGGUCAGCCCAAGGACUUCCUCACCGGUACCUGCCUGUACCUCACCCAUCUGGCCAAGCGCAACUCCAAGAAGCUGGCUUCCAACUCUGAACAUUACGUGCACGGCGGCAACGUCAUGGUCGACCCCUCGGCGAAGAUUGGAAACAAUUGCCGUAUUGGUCCCAACGUGGUCAUUGGGCCCAACGUCGUCAUUGGCGACGGUGUCCGCCUCCAGCGCUGUGUUGUGAUGGAGAACAGCAAGGUCAAGGACCAUGCCUGGAUCAAGUCUACCAUCGUCGGAUGGAACAGCUCCGUCGGCCGUUGGGCUCGUCUGGAGAAUGUCACUGUCCUGGGUGACGAUGUUACCAUUGCCGACGAGGUAUACGUCAACGGUGGCUCCAUUCUCCCUCACAAGAGCAUCAAGCAGAACAUUGAUGUUCCUGCGAUUAUCAUGUAA